UACAACGAACCACAACGACUUUUCAUGUUCUGAAAUGUCUGGAAAAUACAUUCAUCGCUUAUGUCGUGAAACAAAUCCUUUUUUCGAUAUACACAACUAAACAAUGAUUCAUAAAUUGGUCACUCAACCGAUUUCGAAGUUCAUUCUUGAUUAUCUUCAUAGCUUAAAUUUUUCGCAACUUUCAAUCGCAACAGGUAAAGUCAACACCAACUUCAAAAGCAAGUAAAACUAAAGGAUAAAAGAAAAUGGGAGAUGUGGUAGUGGCUCUUUGUAAUUAGAAACUAAAACCGGGUAAGGGUGGAUUUUUUAUUCAUUUUUUAUUUUCACUAAAGGAAGUGUCAAGGGGUGGAAACGGUGAGUUUCAAAUGAUGGGGUUAUGUUCAUUUUUUUCAUUGUUGGGUUGUGGUAGGGAUGACAACCAAACCCAUGAUCGCUUGUACCUGACCGCCUCCGAUCUAGUCAAUGCGGGGAAUACCCGUUUUGACUGGGUAUGGGGCGAGUACGGAUAAAAAUCCCAAAAAGGUUGAUGGGUAUGGGGCGGAUAUGGUUUUUGACUCUCUCGCCUCAUACCCAAACCAGCCCCACCAAGGAUAUUAUGUUAUAUACAUAAAAUAUAAGAAGUCUAUUGUAAGUUGUCAAUGGAAUGAAGGGUAAUUAAAAGAAAAAAUAGAGUGUUAAAAUGUAAUUGAUGGUAACCAAAUCAUAAUUUCAUCCUCUUAUGUAUUAGUUCCAUAAUUUUAAAUGGGUAGUAUCCAUAUCUGUUACCAUUUUUUCUUUUUAUUAACGGUGAGUAGUUGAUGGGGCGGUAUUAUCCAUGUGUAUCCAAAAACCGCGGGUAUGCGUUUGAAUAUUUGAAAAUGGAAAUAGGGUUGGUUUUGCAAACUCGCCCCACUGACAACACGACAACACAAGCAUGAAGCAUCCUAAGUUCCUAACCCAGAAAGCGGGGAUCUCAUCUCUAUUCAGAAAAUGCGACUUGUCGCCACUCAGCAGCAAUCUCAAUUCUCACGGCCCGGAUCUAUACUUGGGCCGCCCUCGGAAGGGCUUCUCCACCAUCGUGAUCAUGCAGUCCUGCACUGGAGGCCUGCUGGGCCAAUUGGGCUGGCUGCCGUAGGUUUCUGGCGUGGACCACCAAACAUCAUUUUCUAUGCGGAGAAUUAGAAUAGCGUGGUUGUGGAGAAAAGUAAAAACAAAUGCGGUAUGUUUGAAUCCACCCGGCUCCAUUGGCGGAUACAUGGUGCUUUGGACACCCAUAAAAUUUGAAAAAACGAUUAUCUAACCCUCAGUAGUAGUUUCGUAUGUAUAAACAAAAUAUAAUCAGUAAUCCGGGACACCCCUAAAAAUUAAAAAAAUGAUUAUCUUACCUUUUUUUUACAGUGAAAGUGGUAGUUUCAUUGAUAACGAAACAGUGUACAGCGUUGAGUUAAACUCAAUGAAAAGAAAAAAGGCUACUAAAAACAAGAGAAAACUAAGGCUAGUCUUAAGGCAGUCCAAAAAAACAAGGAAACCAGGUCCAAACAUUUGGAUUACCAAGCCCAAACCUUAGUAACCCUAGCCCAAAGAAGCCCAAUCACCCAGGGCAGGCCGCCGCUAGCUUCCCCACCACAUCUCCUCAAUGCACAUCCUCUCCCUGCCAACAGAAACAAAUCCUUCGAUGGUGAACGGAAGAAAAUGGAGCGUCGCCGUCGUCAUCAAGGAAGGAGUGUCAUCUGGCCAGAAAACGAAGGCAAAAGGACAAGACGGGGAGAACCAAAUGCCAAGUAGCUCCAAGGUCCACCUGCAAAAAGAAAGUGGAGAAGCAGCUACAGAAACUCGGACAGAAGAGUGGCGAAAUCCCAAUCGUUGGAACCACCACCGAUCUGAGCAACCGGCCAAAGCACAACCACAAGAAUGACUUCCCUGCUCACAAACUCUCUGAUGCUUUAUCCAAGAUAGUAGAGGCCUGACAUCUCCGAAUCAUCCUCAGUUUUAGAUGAAACAUGUGGAGGUAGAUAGAAGAACGGAGAGGAGCAAGCAAACCGGAAAAAUCGGCUCCCUCUAACAUCCACUAGGAGUCAUCCACAUAGAUUUGGGAACCCAGCUUGGUGGGAAGCAAAAGACACCUCCACUAGGAAAGGAAGAAAGAUUCAAUCCCUAUUGGGAGGAAAGCAGAAGAAAAACAACACAUGCAACAGACAACUCAACCAAGGAGGGAAAGACGAAAAAGAAAAAACCAAGGAGAAGGGAAGAACCAGCAACAAAAAGAAAGAGAUUGAAAUUUGAGGGCCACUGCCGGUCCCAAUUUGGGAAGUCGACGGCAGCCCCAUGGUUAAUUUGAAAUUUGAAAACUCUUCUCGUUAGAGAGAAGGCAGAGGAAGGAAAGGUAGAGAGGUGUCCGCCCAAUAGCUACUGAGGGUACGAAGAGAUUAAAAAAUGAUUAUCUUACCCUUAUAGUAGGGGGUGUACAUGGGUCGGGUGGUUCGGGUUUAGACAUUUUAAUCACCCGAUCCAUGCACUACGGUUUGGGAAAUAUGAAACCCAAACCCACCCAAAAAAAUAUAAACCCUACGGUUUGUUUCUAAUUGGGUUGGGUCGGGUUGGCGAUAUUUUUAAGUAUAAACCCAACCCAACACAAAAUAUGUAAUUAUUCUACAUCAUAAAAAUAUUUUAUAACAAAUUAAAAAUUUCAAACGAAUAAACCGAGGUGAAAGGUAUCAAAAUUCACAAAUAUUGUUUGAAGUUUAAUAAAACUUGAUUUACUUCAACUUAUGUCUAGUUUUUUUCACGACAUUUGUUGAAAUAGGCUAAAAAGGUUACAAAUGAACGCAUUCAUAAUAUGAUAUUCUUUUAAAAUUGUACAAAAGAAAAAAAAAAUUACGUGAAUCAUAGCUAUAUUAAAUAUAUGUCUAAACUUUAA